CUGCAGAAACUGGAUGCCUUUCCAAAGGUCGACGUCGCAUAUCAGGCACGCACGUCCUCUGGCGGGUUCCUCAGUGUCGCCGUCAUGCUCACAAUGCUGUUCAUGUUUUUCAGCGAAUUGCGCGAUUACUUGCGCUACAAGGAGGACCACUCGUUCACGGUCGACGACAAGGUCGGCCAGCAACUGCAGGUAAACUUUGGUGUCACAGUGGCCAUGCCGUGUGCGUUUAUCCGCGUGGAUGUCAUUGACGAGGGCGGAACCAGCCACUACAUGCGGUCCGGCAUCGAGAUGCUGCCGGUCUCAAAGACGGAAGCGUUCAAGCGGGCACAGGGCCACGCUGCUAUCAACAGUCUCGGUGACAUGCAUGUGCAUGACAUUGUUGCCGAGGCACAUCGCAAGCAGCGCGGGGCGAAGGCCAUGGCCGAGGACCGGACGCUGGAGGGCGCGUGCAAGAUUGCUGGCAAUGUCCACGUCAGCAAGAUCUCGGGCGUCCUGCAUAUCACUGCCCAUGGCCACGGCCACGGAGGGGCGCAUGUGCCGCACAGCAUGCUGAACUUUACGCACCAUAUCGACGAGCUGUCGUUUGGGCCAUUCUAUCCGAGCCUGGUCAACCCACUCGACGACACCAUGCAUCUGGCGACCGAGCACUUUGCCGGGUUCAAGUACUUUAUCUCUGUCGUGCCCACGCACUACAUUGACGCCAGCGGCCACUACCUGCCAACCAACCAGUACGCUGUCAACGAGUAUUACCAGGGCGACAUGGACCACUCGCUGUUUGACAGCAGACCGCCAGGCAUCUUCUUCGAGUACGGCAUCGAGCCUGUCUCGGUUACCAUCCGCGAGCGCCGUGGCAGCUUUGUCACCUUUGUCGUGCGCAUCUGCGCGGCUACCAGCGGCGUGUUUGUCACUGUCGGGAUCAUCCAUAGCCUCAUGUCGGCGGUGGCC